AUGUAUGGCGGCAGCAACUACGGGGACCAGAGAGGCAUGGCCAGCCUGGGUUGCUGCCGGUUUUGUGACCCAAGCCGGCAUACCACUACCAGUUCAAUUGAACCGGGUCGAACUGGUUAUGAGGUUAUCGGUAUGGAGAAUCUACCCCAAGGACCUGGACUGAUUGUUUAUUACCAUGGAGCCGUAGUUUUUGACUAUAUCAUGCUUAUAGCUAAAGUCUAUGCAAAGACUGGAAGAACAAUCCAAUCUGUGGUUCAUUGUUUCUUUUAUUUAAUACCAGGUAUAAAACUAUGUCUUGAUAUAGUAGGUUGCAUCGAAGGCAAGCAAACAUUCUGUGCUGAUGUUCUGAAUAGGGGCUACUUAUUAGGAAUAGCACCUGGUGGAUUGAGAGAGCAAAAUUUUAGUAAUGAAAACUACAAUCUGGAGUGGAGUACCCGUACGGGAUUUGCUAAAGUGGCUUUAAAAAACAAAGUGUGCUCUGUAAUUUAUGGAACUUUUUGCUAUUAUGGAACUUUUAUUGUUUUUCACUGUUUCAAUGCUACAGAUAGCUCUUGUUUAACCAUUCAUCACUUUAUCACUGUUCAAAGUUGUGACAGUCAUGGUUUAUCAAAAUGGCUGUAUGAGCACUUUCGAUUUCUUUGUCUCCCAAUAUAUGGUGGGUUUCCUGUCAAACUCCGCACCUACAUUGGAGAACCCAUCCCGUAUGACCCAAAUCUAACUGCUAAGGAGCUAGCUGAAAAAACAAAGAUUGCGAUUGAAAAUCUCCGAGACAGACACCAGAAACUACCUGGAAAUAUAUUAAGAGCUUUAUUGGAACGAUUUGAUAAAAACAAGAAAGAUGCCUAA